AUGUGCAGAAAUUACAAAGUCUUUUCGCCACCGCAGCAGCAGCAGGAGCAGCAGCCACAGAAGGACGAAGGAGGAACUAGCGACAGCACGGCAGAGAUGGCCCACGGUUUGGGGGUCGUUGUCGGCAUGAUGCGUUGCGGCAGCAGCGACACAGUGAAAGGAGAACCGGGCGUAGCCCGAUCGGCCACGGGAUCACCACCCGGCGGCCACAACUCGUCGUCCGCCAAGAUGGGUUCGCGGCGCAUCUUCACACCGCAGUUCAAGCUGCAGGUGCUGGACUCGUACCGGAACGAUGGUGACUGCAAGGGGAACCAACGGGCCACGGCCCGCAAGUAUGGCAUCCACCGGCGGCAGAUACAGAAGUGGCUGCAGGUCGAAUCGAACCUGCGCUCGGUGGUGGCCAACGGCGGCAGUACCGUCGGCGGCAGCACGGCCAACAACGGAAGCGGCUCGUCCUCCUCGGUGUCCUCACCGUCGGGGGCUUCAUCGGGUGGUGCAUCGAUGAAAAUGAGUCUUCUCAGUCACCACCACCAGCACCACAACCCGCACCAUCCGCUUCACCCGCUUCCGCUGCAGCAUCACCUGCACUAUCCGCAUCACCACCAUCAUCAUCUGCAGGCGCACCACCAUCAGGGUUUAACGGCGGCCGGGUUGCCAGCGGGCUAUCAUCAUCACGCGCAUCACCACCACAUGCAGCAGCAGCAUCCGUUGGCGUUCCACCCGACGGUCGUCUCCCAGGGCGCGCUUCCGCCGCCUGGACUAGUGGACACGGCCAGACACCGCGUCGCUCGCGGCAAUGGCGCUUGUAUGGUGUCACCCCCGGCGGUGCUAACCCACACAACGACGGCGGCCGCCGCGGCAAUACCUGUUUCGUCGUGUUCGCCACUCUCGGUCACGUCGUCCAUCGGCGGCGCUUCGUCGUCGUCGUCGGCGGCAUCUGCGCUGUCCGCUUUGUCGCCAUCUUCUGCGUCGCUACCGGCGCGCUCGCCGCCGUCGUCAGCCAGUCUGCGACGGCCAUCACCCGCCACGGCAGUGCCAUCUGGUGGUGAGUUGUCGCACCAACAGCCACAGUCAUCGCCAUCAUCAGCGUCGUCGCCGCCGGUCAUCUUUUCGCCUGUGCCAUUGCUGGCGGCGGCGGCCGCGGUCCCUAAUGAGCCAUCGUCAUCGGUGGCGGCCACCUACUACACCCAGUACUACCGGCACUUCCAUGCGGCGGCCGCAGCGGCAGCUGCGGCGCAGCGUCCGCACUCGAGCGCCUCAGAUCACGAGGAAAUUAGCGUCAACGAUGAGGCUGACCCACCGACGACGGUGGCGCCCGAACCCGAGGUGGGAGUGGAAGAGGCGUGGGAUCUGUCCUGUCACCGGGCCGAUCGUAAACGAUCCUCCUCCGAGGUGGGCGGUGCCCUGUUGGCGCCCGAAACGAGCCGCCCGCCCAAAUCGAUCAAACUCUUCAAACCGUAUCUGCUCGACGGCGACGAAAAAGAGGUCGAAGGCAAAGAAGAGCGCGGCGAAGAGGAUCACACCGCGCAGCAGCACCGCCAGCGGCGCGAUUCGGCGCUGGCCGUCGACGAUGAUAAGGAUUCGACCCGCGAAUCGCCCGCCAUCAGCGAGUCGCUCACGGUCGGUAAAACGGCAACAACGGCCCAUCCAUUUCCGAUCAUCUGGAGCAACUCGUCACCCGGCUUCCACGAGCAUGGGUUCUACGAAACGGCCAGUGGCCCGCGAACCACCGGACCGUUUCCGGUCGGUGGCGCGGCUGCUACACUCACGGCCACGCAAACGACAAUCGGUGGCGCCCGGCCAACCUGGAGUUCGCCGCAGGCUUCGCCCGUUUCGGGGUACGACAGUUCGACCUCAAUCUCGUCCGUCUACAGUGGACCGGAGGAGGAAAGCACCACGAACGGGCAGCAGCAGCAGCAGCAGCCGAAGCAGCCGCCGGUGCGGCCGGAAGUGAAGCAGCAGCAGCAGCAAGCCAUCGAGAGCGAAGCGGACUGUCGGGCCGAUUACCGGGCAGUGGCCAGCAAGUACAACAUCAGCCGUAAGUACGUCGAGAAGUGGCUGCAGCAGGAGCCGGAAGAUGACCACCACCACCAGCACCGCUCGGCUCCGUCGGCGGCCACCGGCCUCGCGGGAGCAGUUUCCCGUGGGCCAUCGCUAGUCGUCGGUUGAGAUUUCAAACA